AUGAAGCACCAAGGCGCGGGUUCGGCAGCGCCACCUACCUGCGCUCUCCCCGCCUCCGGUCUUCUUGACUCUGUCUCGACAGCGGGCUUAGGUGGGGUGGAGGAGGAGGAGGAGAAGGAGGAGGAGGAGAGAAAACGGUAUACUCUGCGCAAUUCUACCCCCAUUAUGAGCUAAUUCAGGUGCAAGUCACCGAGCCUGCUUCACCUUGCUGUGGAGCCCACGGUUGACACCGUCGGAUGCGACGACCGAACUAUCACCAUGCCGGCUGGACUUCUGGCCCAUCUAACUGAUUGUGUAACCAGCCAAUCCUUUCGGGAAUUGGCACGACAUCAACGCGCGCACCGUGUGUGA